AAUGGCGUAGAGGCAUUCAAUUGCAAAGUCUACUCACCUAAGUGUUGAACUGAACUGAACCGAUAAUAUUUUUAGGUUAUUGAAAGCACGUGAUAUGUACACGUCACUAAAAAUCGUGUGGAAUAUAAAGGAACUGCUUUUUUAAGUUAAAUGCGUGAAUUGUAGACAAAUAUACGUGAUAUAUUGUCAGAAACAUGAAGAAUUUAGUUAUUCAUCGACAAUACCGUCAAAGUUUUCCAUUUUUUGAACAUAUUAAGAGAGACGAUCCACUUUUGAACAUAUACUCCUGGAAAUGUACUAUCAAUACAAACAAUGGAGAUUUGUAUAUUCUGUUAGACACUCGUCUCUAUAUUUUACCAACUGAUAGCAAACGUAAAUCUCACGUUCAAAAUAUUGUCGAAUGCAAAGACCUCAAGAUUGUUGGAUUUGAAUAUUGCAUUACAACGCAACAGUUGUAUUGCGCGUAUGACAAUGGUGAUAUCGCUAGAUUAGAUGUGACAAGUGAAAAUUUUUCUGAAUAUUUUGAAUAUGAAGUAGUAGCUACUUUUGACAAUGGCCUACAGUGCAUGACACUUAGUCCAGAUCAUGAGAUCAUUACAGCAGUGACAGGUACAGGAACUAUAAUUACUAUGGUAUCAGAUUUCCAAGUAAUAUCAGAGGUAGAUUUAUAUUCAUCAGACUUUGGAGACAAACAGUUCAUAACUGUUGGUUGGGGCAAAAAGGAUACUCAGUUUCAUGGUUCUGAAGGUAAAGCAGCAGCUAAAGCCAAGCCAGAACAAGUAAAUGCAAAUGAAUCAGAUGAUGGUCUUCCUAGAAUCACUUGGCGAGGGGAUGGUUCUUUAUUUGCUGUCAGUUUUCUACAUGCCUCAACCAAAAUUCGACAAUUUAAAGUAUUCAACAGACAGGGUCAUUUACAAUAUACCAGUGAACCAACUAAUGGUUUAGAGGAAUGUUUAGCAUGGAAACCAUCAGGAGACCUAAUUGCUGCACCUCAAAAAUUAAUCAACAAACUUGUUGUUGCACUUUUUGAGAAAAAUGGUCUUAGACACAGAGAAUUUUCUCUUCCCUUUGAAGCAAAGGAAGCGACGGUGAAGGAUUUGUUUUGGUCACCGGAUUCAGAUAUACUGGCUAUUGUUUGUGAGCAGCCAGAUGCAAAGGAAUCAGAUACAAAGAAUACUGUAUUACAGUUAUGGACUGAAAAUAACUAUCAUUGGUACCUCAAACAGACUAUCAAUUUUUGUACUGAGCAUCCAUUAAUGUAUGCAACGUGGAGCUCUGCGGGAAGAUACAAUAAGAAAGAAUUGAUUCUUUUAACACUGAAUGAAAUUAUAGUUACCUCUUUCAAUUGGUGCGUGAAUCACAGCAGAGGUAAUACCGUGAAUGACAAAGCCGUAGUCGGUGUCAUUGACGGAAAGAGAAUAUUAAUAACAAGUUUCAGAGAAAAGAUUAUACCACCACCGAUGGCACAUCAAUAUUUGGAAUUUGAAGAACCAAUAAAUGCAAUCAUUUUCGCACCAAAUAUAAAACCCAUACAGCAAGAUUGGAUAAACAGCAAUGUAUUUUGUGCUGUUUCAUGUAAUAAUAAUUUCAUAUUUUUCCAGCAAGAACCGAAUUUGCCCACAACAUACAAAGUCUUCCAGCAAUACAACUUUCAAUGCAGUAAAACAUGCUUGUCUGGAAACUGCAAUAUUUAUAAUUUACAUCACUUCUUGUGGAUUACUAGAUAUAAAAUGAUGUAUGUGAAGACCAUAGCCGCCUAUGAUCACUUGCGCAUAGUGCCUUUAGGAUUAGCAGUAGAUGUUUCCGGAAACACUCAUAUAAUGGAUCAACCGAUAGAGCAUAUUAUACCUUCUUCUAAUGCAUGCUCAGCUUACGUGAUAACAAACAAGUCUGUGUUAAUAUACAAUACGGACGCAAACGAAGAGGACGAAGACCGUAUGAUUCCAACGAGUAUAAGAUGGAAAGAGCCUUGUUGCCAUGUGGAAGCUGUAAAGUUUGGCUUAAAAAAUUUUAUUGUCGCUCAGUCUUACUCGAAUUGCCUUCUGAUCGACGGCAAGGAAGUUGCUAAUAACAUCACGAGUUUCUACGUACACUCUGCAUUCUUGCUUCUCACAACACUGCAACAUACACUGAUUUGCAUUCCGUUGAACGAAAGUGGCAUGGAGCAGCUGAAGAAACACGAUUUAACUGUCAAACCUUGGGAACUUGCCAAUAAGACAUUGUUUACAGACAUUGCCCACAAGACAUUGUUAACAGAUAUUAGUAUCGGGCGAAUUGAAAGGGGCUCUCAUAUAAUUAUAGCGAUACCGGAAGGCUCAAAGACGAUUUUGCAGAUGCCCAGAGGCAACCUGGAAUGCAUAGAGCCAAGACCAUUAUUGUUGCGUAUAGUAGGUUUUCAUCUUGAUAAUUGUGACUAUCGGACAGCGAUCGACCUCGUGAGAAAGCAUCACAUAAGCCCGAAUUUAAUAUACGAUCAUAAUCCGCAAUUAUUUAUAGACAAUGCAGAGAAAUUCAUAGAAAACAGCGAGAAAUCAUCAAGUUGGUUGUGUCGCUUUUUGACGGAAUUAGUAGAUGAAGACGUCACCACUACGAUAUACGCGAGUUCUUACCAGGGACGUUCCGUACAGUCAAACGCGAUGCCGGAAAAUAAUGAGUCAAAGAGUAUCGAGACUAAAGUUGAUAGAAUCUGUAAGAUAUUAAGAGACAUUAUGGAGAAACGAGACGAUGCGAAUGAUCUGAUACAACCGAUUUUGUUGAGUUUCGCAAGGGAUAAGCAAAGUGCAGGAAUAGAACUUGCUCUCAAGAAAUUCCAGGAGGUCAAAGCAACGGAGAACUCAGACGUCGUUGAAAAUGCAUUUACAUGCCUGCAGUUUGCAGCGAACACACAUGUUCUGUACGACAUCGCGUUGGGCAUGUACGAGUGCGAACUGGCGAUGUUCGUAGCAUCUAAAUCGCAAAUGGAUCCUAAGGAAUAUAUCCCGUUCUUGAAGAACUUGAGUAAGCUUGAGGAAAAUCACAUGAAGUAUUCCAUCGACAUGCACCUUCGUCGGUAUAAAUCCGCACUUGUACAUUUGUCCAAAGUACCGGGCAAAUUUGUAGAAUGUUUAAGUCUGAUACAUGAUCAUGAGUUAUAUGACACGGCGAUAAAAUUGUUCGAGCGAAGUAGCCCGGAGUAUAAGAGAGUGGCUGAAAUUUUCGGGGAGUAUUUGUUGAGUAAGAGACUGUAUUCAGAAGCCGCCACUAUGUUUUCCAGAAAUGAAAAUUUUGAGAAAGCUUUGAAUGCGCACAUGUUUGCUGGAAAUUGGCAAGACUGCAUCAUAUUGUCGACGAAACUGAAUUUAAGUCGUGCAGAUUUAAACGAGCUCUACAGACAGAUAGUGAAAGGUUUGAAAAUAGAUCGAAAGUAUAAAGAAGCAUCUGAAAUAUUAAUGUAUUAUUUAAACGACGUCGAGGAAGCUGUCGCGAUGAUGUGCGAAGGAAGGUGCUGGAAACAUGCGAUAAGGGUAGCGCACGAUGUUCGGCGUUUAGAUUUGAUUGACACACAUAUCAAGCCCGGGGUGAAAGAACACGCAGAAUAUUCGCUGACACAACUGCACAACUCACGGGAAGAUUUUGUUAAGUAUAAGUCGCGCCUCGCCGUGGUAAGAGCUGAGCUCCGUGCGAAACAGAUGGUCACGACUAACGAAAGCAUAUAUCACGACACAUUGACGUCCAAUGGAGAAGUCACGGACUUCCUCAGCGAUGCGAGCAGCGUCGCAUGUUCCACCGUUAGUCAAAGGUCACGGAUGUCUACAGCAUCUGGGAGAAGCUACCGAUCUAGUAAGAACCGUAGAAAACAAGAGAGGAAGCUUUUGAGUUUGAAAGAAGGCAGUAUGUUCGAGGAUCUAGGCCUGAUGCACAUGCUUUACGAGAUCGUUAGUUGCGCGGAUAAACGUAGAGACGAGUGGUCGGAGCUUGUGAAAGCGCUGAUCGACUUCGAAUUCGAUGACUCCGCGUAUGCAUUCGAGGAGAAAGUACAUAGUUUCUUCAAAUUAGUGGAGACUAGUAGAACUGAGAUCUGGGACAGAACAGCGCCUACAAGUUUAAGCGAGAUAGAAAAAAUAGCAACUAACACAUCAGCACAACAUCCAGAAAUGAACAUGUACCUUAGAUUAGCAGAUAUGUGUGUAACGUAUCCACCGCCUGAAAUUAACUUCGUGCCGUACAUACAACAUAAGUUUGAAAGUACUACUCUACCGUAAAUUACACAAUAUAUUAUAAGUGAUACAGUAUAUGUUGUAAAAGACUGUUUAUCGUUGCAACAUAAUAAAUGGUUGAAAUUAAAACAUAGAA